AUGCAGCAGCCGCGGAAUAACCUCCCGCUGUCUCAGCCUCAGUUCCCACAGCAAUACCAGCUGAACUCGAUGCAGCCGCAUAGGAACCAGCCCGAUGACGGAAAUUAUUGCUUCUGCGGACUUCCCGGCCACUACCUUCGCAAUUGUAUGGUUGCAGAAGAAUACAUACGCACAGGGCGCGCGAUGCGGAAUCAGCAUAAUGAUCUCGUACUGCCGACGGGCAAGUACGUGCCCAGCAUCAUCUCCGGACCAAAUCUCAAAGCUCGCAUCAACGCCUGGCACCACCAGAACCCGCUCGCGGGUCAGCAGCAGCAGCAGCAGCAGCAGCAGAAUGUGUCACCGCAAAUGAUGUUCGCCACGCAACAUUCUUUGGCGCCACGCCCUAUGUACACAAACUAUGCGCCAAACCUGUCAUAUACGCCCACGUCCGCCGCCCCAUCGCUCACGCAGCAGUUCCUAAGCCGGGAACAGCGCCUCGCGCACCUCCGAGACAAAAAAGCUGCUCUAGAACGGGCCGCAGGUCAGCAAGCGGCCUACAUGCAACAACCCGAGGAUGCUAGACGUAUGAAUCACGCCACAAAGCGCCCGCAGGCACAGGCCUCGCGUCAAGACCGCGCCGACCGCCGUAGUGUACGGUUUGACGUGCCAGGAUCAUCGCCCAAGUGCGAAAGGCCACCGCAUAUGCCGCGCGAGGAAGCCUCGAGCAUGACCGCACCGCCCGCACGUAACAGCGCCACGCCUAAGCCCGAGACUGUCACGCCUGCACCGGAAACACACACGAAUAUGCGCAAUGAGAUGCCCGAGCACUCGUACGCCAACACACGCAAUCCCGUGUACACACCGCUGCAGACGCGGAACGUCGGAGCCCCGCCGCCAAAGCCCACCGCGCCCAAAUGCAACGAGCCCGCGUAUCGCACCCAGCCGCCCGUGUACUACGCACAAGCUGCACAGCAUGUUUAUGAGCGCUCGAUGGGCACAGACAUGACACUGACUCACCGGGAGUUACUCUCUAUUGCGCCCAAGGUCCACGCUAAGAUCCGCGAAGCUGUCUCCUCGCGCUGA